AGCGGAUCAUCUCACCUCUCUUCUCCCCGCUUGUCACACACUGCUUCCAGCUUCGUCCCUCAACCCUCUUCCCUGCUAGACUACCCCCAUUGCCCAGCUUCACCCCAUCCCUGCUGCCACUUUUCUUCUUCGCAAAGAUCCCCACCACCUCUACCCAUACCCUCUCAUCGCUCGCUCGCUCACCCCUUCAGCUCUGUUUUGCCAGGGCUGUGCGCUACGCUUUCGGCCUUGACAGAUCGUACAAGAGGGUGCGAACCCCUUGGGACGCAGCCCAAAGAUGGACUACAGCCACUCAAAUGACAUCGACUACGGUCGCCCCACCACCUCGUCCGGACGCCCUGGCACAUCUUCAGGCCGGCCGCACACCAGUCGACCGGGUACGAGCUCGGGGGGCGGCGCCGCGGCCCCGAGGUUUGGCUCGUUCGCGAACGGCGACGCAGCGGUAGGCGGGGCCAAUGCCAGCUCUUCGCACAACGCGCCAGCGUUUGGGACGGGCGCACACACACCCAACGCCUCCUCAUCUCGCCCUGGCACUGGACGCAAACGCAGAGGUACCGGAAGUCGCGCCGGCACGGCGAACACGCUUCAGGGAAUGGAGCUCAAUCCGUACGGGAUGGACGACCUGUAUGAGGAUGACGAAUGGGACGAUGAGGAGAGCGAUGAUGGUGACGUCUUUGCGUUCAAGCCGCCUGAGCUUGGACCGAGCGCUGCGAUCAUGGACGACCUAGUUUGGGAACAACACCGCCAAGUCGGCAACAUGCCAGCGAGCAGCGCCGUCGCAUCCGCACCGUCCACCAUCGCUGCUUCCGCUCCAGCGUCGGCGUCAGCACCAGGCGGCGUGACCAUGCAGUCAUCCCGAGCUGGAGAUCAUCGUGCGCUUCCUCAUCAAGCCGUGCAGAUCGGCGAAGAGCUCGACGCGGCUGAGGAAGAGGAAGAAGAGGAGAUGUUUUACUACGACGAAAAGACUGGCGCAGUGUACGAUUCAGAAGGUCGGCUGGUCGAGACCAAUCCGGAUUUCGAUGCUUCGCAGGUACUCGCGAUCGCCGCAUCUUCUGUAGAGGGGAACAGCGUCCCACCUGUACCCCUUCUGCCAGCGACGGUUCCACCGCCACUGUCCUCCGCACCGCUCUCCAAGACCGGCGCGUCGCAUGCGUCAUUCACUCCAACGGCAGCGUCUGCAGCAGCAGCGCAGGUCUCCAAUGGUAUCGUCCCGUCCCGGUCGACCAGCUCGUCUAGUCAAACGCCCAAACGCAACUCCUCCGCGAUCUCGCUCAAGGCCUUCAAGCGCCUCUCGGCGCGCGAUCUAGGCUACACUGCCUCCGGUGCCCGCGCGCCAGACGAGGAAAACGGCCCCAUAGUCCGCGUCUUGUCCCCAACGCCCGGCAGCAAUGGCGUCGGCGGCGGCAAUUAUCCCAGAAAAUCGCAGCCACCAGCGUUCUCGCCGCCACAUGCGAUGGAGAUGCUUGAACUCGAUCGACGGUACAUCGCCUCGGGCGAUACGUUCAUCGACAUUGAUGAAGCGCCAGAGAUGCGUGUACGCAAACGCACGUCGUCGGCCAGUAGGCAUGCGGCCGUCGCUGCAGCAGCAACCAUGGGCGCAGGCAGCAGCACGGAAUCACAUCGCACCGACGUACUGCACGCCUCAACUUCGCGCACCGCCUUCGAGUCGUUCUUCUCGACCAAACAGCCGUACAAGGGUGCAUACACGAUGAAUGAGUACGAAAAGGCUUUCAACUCUGGCGCGAUUGCCAAUGGGAAAGAUUGGCAGGAGCAACAGCAGCAGCAGCAGCAGCAAGGCGAGCCGAUCGAGGUGGGCUCGCGUGGCUUACGGCUCAUCGCGCUCGAGGUCGAAACGGAGGAGGACUCACCGUUCCCAGAAGUGCGCGCUUCAGUUAGCAACGUUGAUGAUCCCAGCAUGCCCGUGUCGACCUUCCGGCUCUGGUUUCUCGGCUUGUUCAUCUGCAGCAUCGCCGGCGCCGCCAACACGGUCUUCAGCUUCCGCUACCCUGCGCCACAGAUCUCACCGCUGCUGAUCCUGCUGCUGGUCUACCCGCUAGGCAAGCUGAUGGCCGUCACUAUGCCCUACCGCGCGGUGCAGCUGCCGCGCUGGCUUGGCGGCCGCAGCUUCACGCUCAACUCGGGCUUCUUCAAUGUCAAGGAGCACUCGACCAUCACGCAGAUGGCUAACGUCGCUGUCGGCCAGGCGUUCGCGCUCAACGCCGUCAUUGCACAGGACUCGCCCAUCUUUUACAACGACCCCAGACCCGUCGGCUUUGCCAUCAUGUUCACCCUCUCCUCUGUUCUCUUCAGCUUCGGCCUCGCGGGCAUGUGCAAGCGCCUGCUCGUCUGGCCCGCCUCGAUGAUCUGGCCGCAGAACCUGACCGUCUGCACCAUCCUUAACACACUCCACGCCGAGGAGGACGGGCAGGACGGGCGCAUGACGCGCUUCAAGUACUUCUUCAUCGUCCUCGUCGCCGCCUUUUGCUGGAACUUUGUCCCCAAUUUUCUUUUCACAGGUCUUUCCGUGUUCAACUGGGUCUGCUGGAUCGCACCGCAAAACAAGUACGUGAACACGCUCUUUGGCGCGUCCAACGGCCUCGGCAUGAGCGUCCUUACGUUUGACUGGAACCAGAUCAGCUACGUCGGAUCGCCCAUGAUCACGCCCUAUUGGGCCGUCUGCAACCUCAUGGUCGGCUUUGUGCUCCUCGUCUGGAUAGUUUUCCCCACGCUUUACUUCACAAACACGUGGUACUUUGGCUUCCUCCCCAUCCUUGGUGGCAGCGCCUACGAUCGCUUCGGCAAGCCGUACAAGAUCCGCUCGGUGCUCGACGGAAUGCUGCUCAACAAGGAGCUCUAUGAGAGCUACUCGCCGCUGUACAUCCCCGUCAACUACUUUGUCGUCUACUGGUGUGGUCUCGCCCUUGCCACUGCCAUGAUCGUCCACACCGCCUUGUACCACGGCAAGGGCAUCAUGCAGGGGCUGCGCAACAAGAAGGUGGAGAAUGACGACAUACACGCUACCAUGAUGCGACGGUACAAGGAGGUCCCUGACUGGUGGUACGGCAUGCUGCUCCUCAUCAGCUUCGUCAUGGCCCUCAUCGCGAUUGAGGUGUACAAGAUCGGUCUGCCGGUCUGGGCGCUGAUGCUGUCGUUGCUCAUACCUACCAUCUACAUCAUCCCAUCGGGCUUCAUCUUCGCCAUGACCGGCCAGAUCAUCAACACCAACCUGGUCACCGAACUCAUAUCUGGCUACGCACUGCCCUCGCAUCCGUUCCCGAACUUGGUCUUCAAGGCAUAUUCGCUCGCUGGAAUCAGCAGCGGCCUGACCUUCGUGCAGGACCUGAAGCUCGGUCACUACAUGAAGGUUCCACCACGAAUCAGCUUUGCUGCGCAGGUGACCGCGACCGUCUGGGUCAUCUUUGUCCAGAUUGGUAUGAAGAUGUUCAUGUUCAGCAAAGUCUCCUUGCUUUGCUCGAGCGCCGAGCCGCACAACUUCACUUGCCCGAUCGCGUCGGUGUACUACACCUCGAGCAUCGUUUGGGGCAUCAUCGGCCCGCGCCGCAUGUUUGGCCCGGACUCGCUGUACAGCUCCAUGUACUAUGCUCUGCUCGUCGGCGCGCUGGCGCCGCUGCCCUUUUGGUUCCUCGCACGCAAGUACAAGGACUCAAAGUGGAAGUUUGUCAGCUCGCCGCUCAUCCUCGCCGGCUCGGCGUAUGUCCCACCGGGAAGCGGCCUGAAUUACACCAGCUUCUUCCUCGUCGCUUUCAUCUUCCAAUACAUCGCGCGCCGCCGAUUCUUUAGCUGGUGGUCCAAGUACAACUUUGUUACUUCCUCCGCCAUGGACAUGGGUACAGCGCUUAGCAUGCUCUUCGUAUUCUUUGCGCUCACACUGCCCAAAGGCGGUGCCAUCGCGCUCAACUGGUGGGGCAACAAUGUUCCCUUUGAGACGGCCGAUUUCCGCCAUGUGCCCUUGCUGCAGGUACCCGAAGGGGGAUUUGGACACACGCCGGUGAGUCUACAUCCUGCCAAAUCGGGGCCCAAUGCGCCGAGAAAUGUGAAUGCUGAGAUGCACCUUGCUUCGCGUUGCUUUCCCUUGCAGAAAUUCUGAAGCGCCGUCGACGCAAGCCUUCCUGCUCAUCUGAGCCGAUCUACCGCUCCUUCCAUUGGCAUUCAUAGCCCAACGCUUUGUGAAUGCUGUUCUACUGUAGUUCCCCGGGGUUCGCAUUUUAAUGGGGUUUAGGUGCAG